CGCAGAACAGUCCAACAAUUAUUUAAGCGAUGAUGAUUCGGAUAAAAAAGAAUAUUGGAAAUUAAACGCCUUCUAUGUCAUCAUGGACUCAAUUAUUUGCAGUAUGAAAAUACGAUUUUCUGAAAAAAGUUUAUGCCUUGCUACUUCUGCUGAUAGACUAAUGCAAUUUGAUUAUGAAGGAAGCUCAUUCCUGGUUGAACAUUAUAAGGAUAUAUUAAACAUUAACGAAAAAAAUUUAAAAAGCGAAAUGUUGGUGUUCAAAAAUAUUAUUGGUGAUAAUAUAAAGGACUUCAAUUUUAUAAAAGAAAAUUUGAAUAAAAAAGUGUUUCCAAAUUUAUAUUUAAUGGUACAAGUAGCCAUUACUUUGCCGAUUUCAUCCGCCACAUCAGAACGCUCUUUUUCAGCUAUGAGGAGGAUAAACACAUAUUUACGGUCCACAAUGAACCAAGAUCGGUUUAGUAACCUAUCAAUACUCCAUAUUGAAAAAGACAUUGAGAUUCCAAUUGAACAAAUAUUAAAAAUAUUUAUUGAUAAAAAUAAAAGAAAAAUGAAACUUUGAAUA